AUGGUUCAUGCUACUCAGCAAACCAAGUACGAAAGCAAAUUGUCUUCAAGUUUUCGGCACCAAAAAAAAACGCGAAAGCCCAUGUUCUUGAACGCAUGGGCACAUGCCAAGGCUCAGGCACGUCGAAAAAAGGAAGAUGCAUUGCCAAACCUCCCAUAUUCUAAGGACUACCUUGAACUUCUUGAUGAGAUCAAUAAUGAAGGCAUCACAUUCGAUGAAGUCUUGAACCCGCAGACUCCGAUGGAUGAGCACCACAUGCAAGUCAUCAUGGAUGGAGUCAUCGUCAAACGGGAAAAUCGGGCACUGAAGGAGAAUCCUAUCUCACCCAAACUCUCCACACAAUGCAUGGCACUGCAUGCCCAUGAUCAGCUCAUCCAGAUUUCGCCAGAGGACCUAAUGAGGGAAGCAGGCAGAGACUGGUCCAGUGAUGAUUUGUUCGUGCCGGUUGUGUGGGCAUCAGAGAAGGCCAAGGAAUACUGGUUGGGGAUAGCGAACAAGAAGUUAUGGCAGCAUGCCUGGCUCAUGGAGGCAUACUGCGUUGGCACACUAAACAAUGUUGUGAAGGUUCACAAGGAAGGGGCAGGGUCGUUGUGUACUCAGAUGAAGGAGUGGACUAAAUCUGAACUACGUGGUGAGAUAAUUGAGCCGAUGAAUUCCGUCGUCGCACAUCUCCAAGAGGUGAUCAGUGGGUGGAAGAGUGGAAUGAUUCGUUGGAUUACGUUGACUGCAGAAGGAAUUGAACAGCAGAAUGCAGAGCUUUCUCGUCUAGAGCUCAAAGCAGCCCAAGCCCAGGCUGGAAACAGCAGUGACAGUGCGCGGGCUAACAUGGUCGCGAGUGAAAGGGGUAUAUGCACGGAUGAUAGUGUGGCACUGGCACAACCAAGAAAGAACUGCAAGGUGCCUGCAAAUGCGCAGCCACGGAAAUCCUGCGACGAAACGCCUUGCACAGCAACGAGAAAGAAAGGGGGAUGGGAAUGCCUGGACAAUGAGAUCUGA